ACGAUGGAUUCUAUUAAGCUUUUUCAAAAACCAGUCCUUCGAUGAAGCCACACUAAACCAACAAAAUUUUAAAAACAAAAAGCAUCUGUAUAUGUUUGUUUCUGUUUUCAAAUUUCAUAUUCCAUAAAAACGAAAAACAUAGAAAAUGCCUUCAUUUCUUUCCAAAAAACCGACCACACACAAGCCGGAAAUGUCCAACGUGUCACGCCGGGCAUUAAGCACGACGGCUAUCCACAUCAUGGCUUUGGAUUCCAUCGUCAACGUCAAUUCCCUAUUCACUUUAGCACUCUUUCUUGGCCUCAGCUGGUACCCGACCACCGAUCCCGGAACCACCCUCAUCGGAGACGACAUCGACUGCGUUGCCGGACCCCACAUAGCGGAGGGUCUCAUCUCCUUCCACGUGUACUCUUUCAGCUCCUUCCUCUUCUCCAGCCUUAUUGCUUUGGCUCUCAAGCAGACCAUCAAAAUCAGCAAAGAUAGUGGUGGUGGGGAUGGUGGUAGUCAGCUUCUUGGUGUGACCAUGGGGCAUGUUAACAUUGUCUAUUUGAGAUUGGGUACGCUGGUUUCGGCAUUCGGUUCGGUUUUUGGAUGUGGGUUCUUGAUGAUGGCUCUUGUGGAUUUGGUUCAGAUCAAGUUGGGGACUUUGGCAUGUGGGAGUUUGUAUACCAUUGCUGCUGUGGGUCCUCUGGUGAUUUUGGUUCCUCUGGCGCUUUUCAUUUAUGUUUCUCUUGUCCUUCAUGCGUUUUCUCGAUAGGUUGUCUCAAUUCUAUUUGGUGAGUUCCAUUGUUAUGGAUUAACAGAAAAAUUUCCGCUAUGAAAGAAAUUUGAAUUUGUUUAUUUA